GGUUGAGUCGUAAUUCUGCAUCUCUACCUCGGGUGCCUCGGAUCUCGCCCGUGGAGACCCCUGAGCGCGCCUGAGGAGGGCCGCGGGCCGGGUCUCGGCUUCGUCUUUCCGAGUCAACGUGACCUUGGCUAGUGAGAAGAACCACCAUGUCCUCCAGUGUUUUGGCAAAACCUCAGAUGCGAGGCCUUCUGGCCAAGCGUAUGCGAUUUCAUCUUGUUGGAGCAUUUAUUGUGUCCAUGGGGGCUGCAACUUACUAUAAGUUUGCAGUAGGUGAAGCAAGAAAGAAGGCAUAUGCGGAUUUCUAUAGAAAUUAUGAUUCCAUGAAGGAUUUUGAGGAGAUGAGGAAAGCUGGCAUCUUUCAGAGUGUAAAAUGAUUUUGGAAUGUAAAGAACUUCUUUGGAUUGAGUUCCAUGAAGGUUGUCACUGACCUGUGUUCCUGAACUACGAACCAUGACUAUGUGGGCUAAGUAAAAAUUUCUUGUUGGUAAAUAAACAAUUAACAAAUAA